GAUCAGCACAACUAAGGCGCUCAAUACGGUUGUCCAUGGUAUUUUCCGCGAUGGCGUCUACGGAGUCUGCUCGGGUUAAGAUGCGAAGUCGUCGCUUUAUAUCCGAACUUCGAAGGUCAGCUACCGCAUCUAGUAAUGCUUCACGGUCUGUGGAACAGCGGUGUCAUGCUUCACGUCUGAGCGAAUCGUGUGAAGGAUCACCAAAUCUUGUUGCAGAUAUUGUGGAAAAAAUGAAAUCCCCAGCACCUGACGCAGUGGUUGGAACAUCAAAAGUUCCCAUGUGCGCAAGGCUGUCAACUUUCUACCGUCCUACCGAUUCACGACAGUGUGAUGAGUUCAGUCGUCGAAGGCGACGUAACACCCAAAUCGCCACAACGCAUACGUGCCAAAGAAAAGCUGACUUCAAAAACUCUGAUGGGACCCCCACUGUCUCUACCCCAGGUCGCAUUAGCCGCUUGGCCGUCCAAGUUGAGUCUCUGGAGUUGCAAGACUUUGUGCGUCCCCAUCCGAAUGUACCAACCAAUGUGUUUCCCAACUCCUACACGCCUUUCGUCCAACUCAUGCUCAGUAAUCGACAGUCUGACAAAUCAGCCAGCCUCGCUGACAGCAAACAAACACCCGAUCCUUCUGUAUCUCCAUGGUAUCGCCAUUGUCGUCCUAGUGCUCCCAAACCAUACUGUACUCCUAACUACUCACGGUCGGAUGACAGCUCUACAGAACCAGUUCUGACCAGUGCAUCGGUCAGUGACCAGUCUUCCAUAGAGCUGAAAGAAGUCGAUGAUUUCGUAGACGAAGCCAAACUCACCCGCCCUGUCAAUUCAAGUGCGUUGAUUUCGAUAAGAAAACUCGAUUUGCCAGCGUUAGAAAUGGAUGUGAAUCAGGAAAAUCGAUGCGUGCAGGUCGACUUUCCUCUGCCACCGGUGCCAGACCCCAUCUCAUCUGAACCAUUCUCCGACGAUACACGAUGGAACGACCGUCCCUUUCCAUCACCCCCUUCACCAUUAUUCUCUCUGACAACUGAUGGCUGGCAUGCUGCAACAGACACCCUACCAACCAAAUCCGCCACUGCACUGGGUCCACUGGCCCCAAUAACCAAUAUCUUUCCGAAUCCGGUUAUCUCAGGAUCCCGCCACCCGAAAUGGCUGGCUACUCCACAGAAUCGAAACCGCACAAGUGGUGCCCAACAGACGAUGCUAUUCAGCAGCGAGUUGGAUUCCGAAUUGCGUAACUCGUCGUUGCCCUCUCCUCCACCCGUGAUUAUCGAACGGCUUCUCAUUUCACCCAACCGUCCUACGACUGACGCCCUUGAGGAAGGCGAGAGUCAUAACCUAUCCAACCAUGCCUCAUUGUUGACCAAUCUCGCCCGCCCAACCGUGUUGAAACGCGGUCCUCCUGAUGGUGCCGAACAAGAUACUUCCUCAACCAUGUUUGAGCUGGAAGCAAAAAAGUGUGAAAUGCCGACCAUUUUCAUGGGUGAUACAAAAAGCCUCCCCUCCACCGAUCCUGGGACAUGUACUUACUCGCCCAAAAAGAGCCGAACACAUCUACUGGUGCCUAGUGAACGUAGUGCGUUCCUGCCAGUGGGGUCGAAUCCUGCAUUGUGUCGCCGGGUUUCCUCUCCUUGUGUUCAUUAGUCUGUCCGGAAUGUUGUAUUUCAGGUAUCAACCGUUUGUUUCUGCCGCAGCACCGUCUGGUGCACGUACUGUUGUCUUUCAAACUCCUUUGACCGUCCAAACGUUGUCUUGUUAUUCUUGCUCACUUUCCACUGUUACUGUCGACAUCAUGUACGUCUGUGACGUCUUUACUUCCUUGGGCAUUUGUAUUUUUCUAUCAUCAAGAAAGCCGA